GUGUGGGGGAUUAUUCAUGAUGAUCAAGCUUCGUCGGCUGUUCGGGAUUUCCCCUGUCUGCGUUCCUGAAUCGAUCUAGGCAAAGAUAUAUACCGAUCUGAUUCCUUAUAGUUAUUCUUCCCAUCAUCAAUCCCAUCAAUCCCAUCAAUCCCAUCAAUCCCAUCAAUCCCAUCAAUCCCAUCCUCUCCCCUCAACCUCACCACCACCACCAUGAACUCCUUCGAAUACAACCCCAACCCAGGCAGGGUCAUCUUCGGCAGCGGCACCCUCACCAAACUCCCCUCCGAGCUGACUCGCCUCAACCUAACCAGCGUCCAAGCCAUCCUCAACGGCCAAGUAGCCGGCAUCUUCAGCGAAGCCACCAUGCACACGCCCACACACAUCACCGACAAAGCACUCGCCUACGCCACCACCCAAGCCGCCGACAGCGUCAUCUCCAUCGGCGGAGGAAGCACCAUCGGCUUAGGAAAAGCCAUUAGCAUCCGCAUUGGUCUCCCGCACAUCUGCAUCCCGACUACCUACGCGGGGAGUGAAAUGACCCCCAUCCUCGGAGAAACAGCCGAUGGUCUGAAGAAGACUCGCUCGGAUCCGAAGAUUCUUCCCGGAACGGUCAUCUAUGAUGUCGAUUUGACUAUGACUUUGCCGGUGGAGAUGAGUGCGACGAGUGGGGUUAAUGCUAUUGCGCAUGCGGUCGAAGCCCUCUACGCCCGCAACAGCAACCCCAUCAUAACCCUCCUCGCCAUCGAAGGCACACGCUCGCUCGCCACCUCUCUCCCCGAAAUCAUCAACAACCCCAGUUCGCAAUCCGCCCGGUCCUCAGCCCAAUACGGCGCCUGGCUCUGCGGAACCUGUCUCGGAAGCGUGGGCAUGUCCAUCCAUCACAAACUCUGCCAUACGCUAGGCGGAAGCUUUAACCUACCUCACGCGGAGACUCACACCGCCGUGCUACCACACGCUAUUUCCUACAAUGCGCCGAGGAUCCCCGAAGCGAUGGAGAAGUUGGCGCAGGCCCUGCCGGAGAGUAAUGGGGAUGCAGUCCAUGGAUUGAAUGUGCUGUUGUCGAAGUUGAAGGUGAAAAGGGGACUGAAGGGCUUUGGCAUGAAGGAGGAGGAUAUUGAUAAGGCGGCGGAUAUUGCGGUCGCGAAUCCGUAUUGGAAUCCGAGGGAGAUUGAACGCGAGCCGAUUCGGGAGUUGAUUAGGCGGGUUUGGGCCGGGGAGGAGGCUAGGGCGGAUUUGUAGGGUUCUGUUUUUGUUUUCUCUUUGGGGGAUGUAAAUAGUGGGUGUGUAUGUGUAGAAUGUGGAUUAGAACCUGGAUAUCAAUACAA